AUGAUAUCUGGUAGAUGUGCAGCUUGCAAGAAUCAAAGAAGAAGAUGUCCUUCAGAUUGCAUUUUCUCUCCAUACUUCCCUGCCAAUGAUCCUCAAAGAUUUGCUUCUGUUCACAAAAUCUAUGGUGGCAGUAAUGUUGGGAAAAUGCUUCAGCAAAUUCCACCAUAUUUACGUGAACAAACUGCAAAUUCUUUAUACUUUGAAGCACAAUGUAGGAUUCAAGACCCAGUUUAUGGAUGUGUUGGGAUUAUCUCAAAACUAUAUGAGCAAAUCCACAAUACAGAAAUUGAACUUGCUCAAAUUCAAACUCAGAUUACAUGUCACAAGCUUCAACUGCUGCACCCAAAUAAUGCAGAAACAAACUUCAACUUGUUGCCAACAGCUGAAGCUCAAUCCAAUUUUCAAAUACCACCAGAAAGCAACAACCCUCCACAGUUUCAAUGGCCUAAUCAAGUUCCUUGGUUUAAUUAA